AUGCCUAUCACCGCCGGUGAAGCAGCACCUGGUGCCGCCAUGAAGGCUGAGAUCACCGACUACACCAAGGCUCUGGAAGUUUUGGAUACCUAUACCACCCUUGAUGGCCUCGAUGCGGAUACCCUGCUUGACUCUGACAAGCACGGCGCAUUGACCUACAACGAUUUCCUGAUCCUGCCGGGCUACAUCGGUUUCCCUGCUUCCGACGUUUCAUUGGAUACCCCUGUUACCAAGCGUAUUUCCCUGAAGGCCCCCCUUCUGUCCUCCCCCAUGGACACCGUCACCGAGCACAACAUGGCUAUCCACAUGGCUCUGCUCGGUGGUCUGGGUGUUAUCCACCAUAACUGCUCCCCCGAAGAUCAGGCGGAGAUGGUCCGCAAGGUCAAGAGAUACGAGAAUGGUUUCAUUCUGGACCCCGUUGUCAUCUCUCCCAAGACCACUGUUGGUGAGGCCAAGGAGCUGAAGACCAAGUGGGGCUUCGGUGGCUUCCCUGUCACUGAGAACGGAACCCUCAAGUCUAAGCUCGUUGGAAUGGUCACUUCGCGUGAUAUCCAGUUCCAUACUGAUCUUGACGAAUCCGUGACUGCCAUCAUGGCCACGGAUCUUGUUACUGCCCCGGCCGGCACCACCCUAGCCGAGGCUAACGAGGUCCUCCGUCGAUCCAAGAAGGGAAAGCUCCCAAUCAUUGAUGCCAACGGCAACAUCGUCUCCCUGCUUUCCCGCUCUGAUCUGAUGAAGAACCUCCACUAUCCCCUGGCCUCCAAGCUCCCCGACUCCAAGCAGCUGAUCGCUGCUGCUGCUAUUGGUACUCGCGAGGAGGACAAGAAGCGCCUCCAGCUUCUUGCCGAAGCCGGGUUGGACAUUGUUAUUUUGGACUCCAGCCAGGGUAACUCCAUGUACCAGAUCGAGAUGAUCAAGUACAUUAAGAAGACGAUGCCUGAGAUCGACGUCAUCGGUGGUAACGUCGUCACCCGUGAGCAGGCUGCUGCUUUGAUUGCCGCCGGUGUUGAUGGCCUGAGAAUUGGCAUGGGCAGUGGUAGUGCCUGUAUCACCCAGGAGGUCAUGGCUGUUGGUCGUCCUCAGGCCGCUUCCGUGCGCAGCGUUGCAUCUUUUGCCGCUCGCUUCGGUGUUCCCUGUAUCGCCGAUGGUGGUAUCCAAAACGUUGGCCACAUCGUCAAGGGUCUGGCCAUGGGUGCCAGCACCAUCAUGAUGGGCGGUCUCCUUGCCGGUACCACCGAGUCUCCCGGUGAGUACUACGUCAGCAACGAGGGUCAGCUCGUCAAGGCCUACCGCGGCAUGGGCAGUAUCGCCGCAAUGGAGGAUAAGAAGGCCGGUGGUGGUGGAAAGGACAGCAAGGCCAGCAACGCUGGUACUGCUCGCUACUUCUCCGAGAAGGACCGCGUCCUUGUUGCUCAGGGUGUCGCUGGCUCUGUUCUUGACCGCGGAUCCGUCACCAAGUUCGUUCCUUACCUCAUUGCCGGUGUCCAGCACUCCCUGCAGGACAUUGGUGUCAAGAGCCUGACUGAUUUGCACGCCGGUGUCAACAACGGUACCGUGCGUUUCGAGAUGAGAAGUGCCAGCGCUAUGACCGAGGGUAACGUCCACGGUCUCCACAGCUACGACAAGAAGCUUUACUCCGUGCUUCUUAUAUCUUCAAAGAACGAGAUUCUUAUUCUUCAUCGUGUUAAGACCUCUACAUCUUUUGCGUCUGCGCACGUCUUUCCAGGUGGCAACCUAUCCAGCCAAGAUGGAGAACUUCCACCACCCGAAGAUCUAGCACGGCAUGAUGAUUCACCUAGCUACCGACGUGCAGCGAUCAGGGAACUCUUUGAAGAAAGUGGGAUUCUUUUAGCUAAAGACCGGAAUUCUGGGAAGAUGCUCGCCGUUGACGAGCCCACCCGAGAGGCAGGCAGACGACUCAUUCAUCAGAACAAGACGACUUUUGAAGAAUGGCUGAAGCAGCAAAGCCCUGGUGCCGAGUCCGAUAUAGGCCAAUUGAUCCCCUUUACUCGCUGGAUUACUCCAACCAAUGUCCCUAAGCGAUACACUACUCAGAUGUAUCUGUAUUUCCUGCCUUUGCCCUCAAAAGUGGAUAAAAACAUCCUCGACCAACUCCCAGUAGAGGGUGAAUACGAGGAGCAUCAGAUCCCAACAAGCGAUGGUGGAAUCGAGGUUAUGGAAGCACAGUUUCUUCCAGCCUCAACGUGGGUUAGUCGUGCUCAAAAGGCUGAAAUCGUUCUAUUCCCGCCGCAAUUCCUUCUUUUGCAUUUGGUGUCGGGGUUUCUGGACAAGGAGCCUCGUGCAGAUGCUUCUGUUGAAGAGAUGGAGAAGCGUCGUCAAGCGCUUAUCAAGUUCGUUCAUUCGGGCUAUCCCCCAUGGAAAGAUAAAUGCAUAUCUCCAAAAAUGCUUCUCAUGACCCGCGAUGGACGAUCUGUGCUAGGUCUGAACGAUCCCGGGCCUGAGCUGAAAGGGUCUCCGAAGCGAGGCGAGUCCGAGAAAGUGGUUCUUGUGCGGUUUAAUAAGGGAAGCGCACGAGAGGUGGCUGUGGGAUGGAAGACGGAUGUGUUACAGGAAGAGAGGUACAAUCAGCUCUACCCAUGGCGCGGCAUGGACAUCAGCGUUGAAAUUGCCACGGCCUUAGAAAAACCCUCCACCUCCAACCUCACCGUCGCCCGUCAAAACCUCAACCCCAAACCCGCCAAAAUGGAGAACGAAAAGGGAGAGAUCGUCGAUCUCUACGUGCCCCGCAAGUGCAGCGCCACCAACCGCAUUAUCAAGGCCAACGACCACGCCUCUGUCCAGCUCUCCGUUGGCAAGGUUGACGAGAACGGCCGCUACACCGGCGAGAACCAGACCUACGCUCUUUGCGGCUUCAUCCGUGCCCGCGGCGAGAGCGAUGACUCCUUCAACCGUCUGGCCCAGCGUGACGGCUACCUCAAGAACGUGUGGACCGCCUCCAGCCAGCGCUAA